AUGGGUGCUGCCCUGAAUGUGUGGCUGGAGGUAUGCAAGGAAGUAGUCGGCGAGCAGAACCUCAAGCAGAACCCUGAUGGGGGGGAGUCCAGUGAGUCUCAAAGAUACUACGGGCGCUUGCUCGCAGCCAAUGCAGUUUGCGAGUUGAUCACCAGCCAGCUUGUUGGGGUGAUGAGUGACAAGUUCGGUCGAAGACCUAUCCAAUGCUUGGCUCAGCUUGGACAGGUGAUCGAUUACGGCAUCGCUGGCCUUUGUCUACCCACCCUGGGCAUUGUCAGACAGAUCCCUGCCGAAGUUGCACAGGGCUUGCUUUUUUGCUCUCGUGGGAUGGCUGGCCUGCUGGGCAACUACAAAGUAACGCUGCAGUCCUACACGGCGGACAUCUCCAGUGCCGAGGAAUGUCCCGACAAUCUAGCGGCCCUGGGAGGUGCUAUGGUGGCGGGUAUGUGCGCAGGCAGCCUUAUUGUUGCAUUGGUGCAGUCAUUGGCAAUAUCAUUUCGGGCCUGCUACUUCACAGCUGCAGCCCUGAACGUGGUCAUAGUCAUCGUAGUGAAGACCGCCUGGAGAGAUAUCGCGCCACGGAAGGAAUUUCGUUGUAGCGAGGCAAACCCGUUGGCAGCCUUGGCGGUGCUCGGCGUAUCUCGCGCGAUGGUGAUCUACUCCUUGUUGGUCUUCCUGAGUUCUUUCGGGCUGAAUAUGAUGGUAAGCACCCUGGAUUUCUAUUGCCAGAUGUUCUUGAAGAUGGACAAGCGCUUCUACAUACUGCUGGGUAUGGUUUGGGCAAUGGAGUCGCUCUUUGUUCUAGCUGUGGUGCAACCCUUUCUGACCCGCAGAUUUGGCGAAAUCACUACCCUAACGUUUAGUUUCACGUCCCUCAGCAUGUUUUACUUGCUAUUCUCUUUGCUGACACCGAGCACUUGGACUUUGGCAUAUGCUGUCAUCACUUUCUUCGCCGUCGGCUCAAUGUGCUACCCGAUUGCGGUGGGGCUAGCUGCACGAGAGCUGCCUCCUCAACAGCAGGGUACGCUUCAGGGGGCAAUGUCUAUCUUAGAAACACUUGCGAAGAUCUUUGCCCCUCUGCUUGCUUCAGAAGUGCUGAUUCCAAAAUUCAAAGGCGAAGGCCAGUUUCAUGGCAUGGUAUAUUUCGUGGCAUCAAUGCUCAUGCUUCCUGGCAUAUGUUGGAGCUAUGGGUUGACGAAAUACACGACCCACGUAGAUCCAGACAAAAUCGGCACAGAUUCGCACAUCUCCGUUGAAAUGCAAUGA